UAACUCUGUUAACUAACUCUGUUAACUAACUCUGUUAACUAACUCUAUUAACUCCAUUCAGCGGCGCCUCCUGCACAGGUGUGAGUACUGUACUGUACUGUAAUAUGAGCUCAGAUUGUGAUUGAGAGUGAAGUCAGGACUGAGCCAGAGGACGAACACUGAUGCACGUUCAGAUUCAUUACAGCAGUUUGUGUUCCUCACUCUCUCAGAUCUAAAUAGGUCACCUGAGAGAUUAGUUUAGAUCCACUGAGAAAGUGUUUUUAUGCUGGAAACUCUUCUGCUGCUUCAUAUUUUUUUGGAACCUGUGAUACUUUUUCAGGAUUAUAUAACAAUAUACACUACAGUUCAAAAGUUUGGGGUGUGGAGAUGAUUCCUGUGAAUGAGUUCCGGAGCAUCACGUCCGAGCAGAACCCACAGUUCCGGGUCCUGAAGCCCUGGUGGGACGUCCUGUCUGAGUAUCUGGGCGUCACCAUGCUGAUGAUCGGGGUGUUCGGCUGCACGCUUCAGCUGACCCAAGACAAGAUAUCUUGCCUGCCGAACCGAUUCACGGAUCUCUCCGGCGGAGACCGAGACUGCAGUCACCUGCGGCAGGACAAGGAGAACGAGAGUCUGUGGGAGUUCGCCAUCACCAAACAUCUCGGUCCAAACGUCGUGGAGGUGUUCGGACGGAAGAACGGCCUGGAUAUCCACCAGUACGAGUUCGUCAACCACUUCUGCUACGAACGGGCCGUGCACUGGUACGGAAAGUACUUCCCUUACCUAGUGGUCAUCCACAGCAUGAUCUUCAUGGUGGCCAGCAGCUUCUGGUUCAAGUUCCCAGGAACGUCGUCUAAGAUCGAGCUGUUUGUGAUCAUACUGGGGAAGUGUUUCGACUCUCCCUGGACCACGAGAGCCAUCAGCGAAGUCUACGAAGAGCGGCGAGAGGAGAGGAUGGUCGUGUGGAGGAAGAACACAAUGACCAAAUCACCCGCAGACAACAACGACGACAUGGUGUCUCUGAUCCAAUCUUCCAUAAAGUCCAGCUCGGAGCAAAAAUCAGCAGAACCGCAGCCGACCGCGUCGCUCUUGGACAAGAAAGAAGGCGAGCAGGCCAAGGCCCUGUUCGAGAAAGUCCGGAAGUUUCGGACGCACGUGGAGGAGGCGGAUCUGCUUUACUUCAUGUACGUGCUGCAGACGGUGCUGAAGGUCUUCAAGUUCGCUCUCAUCACCGUUUACAGUAUUGCUCUGGUGCCCAACAUCCAGAUCGUGGUGAUGUGCUCGGUGCCUCCAGAUCUGACGGGGUUCAGUGCGUUCUGCUGUAACUACAAUAAAGCACAUCUGUUCUCCAAAUUAGCCUACUGCUACAUAUGCUUCGUCGGCGUGUACGGACUGCUGUGCAUUUAUUCGCUUUAUUGGCUGUUUCACCGACCGCUGAAAGAGUAUUCCUUUGAGGCGGUGCGCUUGGAGACGGGAAUAAACGACAUCCCGGAUGUUAAAAAUGACUUUGCGUUUCUCCUGCACCUCAGUGAUCAGUACGACGCCCUGUACUCCAAACGCUUCGCCGUCUUCCUCUCGGAGGUCAGCGAAUGCCGCUUACGGCAGCUCAACCUCAACCACGAGUGGACGGCCGAUAAACUCCGCGCUCGUCUGUCACGCAACGCCUCCGAGAGGCUGGAGCUCCCCCUGUUCCUGCUCCCAGGGUUACCGGACACUGUCUUUGAGAUUUCCGAGGUCGAGUCGCUCAAACUGGAACUGAUCAGUAACGUGACGGUCCCCGGAACCAUAUCACAACUUCCAGCCUUACAGGAGAUCGUGUUGAUCCACAGUCCGGCCAAGCUCCAGCAGGGGGCCCUCAGUCAUCUGCGUGAGAACCUGAAGGUUCUGCGCUUGGGCUUCGAGGGCCCGGAGCAGGUGCCGCUGUGGAUGUACACCUUACAGAGCCUGGAGGAGCUUCACCUGAGCGGCGCUCUGAGCAGCGAGCUCUCCCGCGGCCCCGGCGCUGGACUCUUACGUGAGCUGAAGAACCUGCGCGUGCUGACCUUACGCUGCAAGCUGACCAAGAUCCCGCCCAGUGUUGUGGAUGUUUCCGGGCAGCUCCUGCGACUGAGCGUUCACAACGAGGGGACCAGGCUCCAGGUCUAUAACAGCCUGAAGAAGCUGGUGAACCUGAGCGCUCUGGAGCUGACGGGCUGCGGUCUGGAGCGGAUCCCCAGCGCCGUCUUCAGCCUGUCCCUCCUGCAGGAGCUGGACCUUCGAGAGAACCGGCUCACCACCGUGGAAGAGGUCUUGAGUCUGCAGCACUGUCGCCGCCUGACCGUCCUCAAGCUCUGGCACAACGACAUCUCCUACAUCCCCGAGCACAUCAGCAAGCUCCGCGCCCUGGAGGUGCUGGACCUCAGCUGGAACAAGAUCCGCAGUCUUCCGCCGCGCCUCUGUUACUGCACCAAACUCCGACACCUGGACCUUUCCCACAACCAGCUGGCGUCUCUGCCCGCGGAGAUCGGCAUCCUCCAGUGCCUGCAGUUCCUCUCUGUGGCCUUUAACUCUCUGGAGAGUCUCCCCGAGGAGCUGUUCUCCUGUAAGAGGGUGAAGGUGCUGGCGCUGGGGAAUAACAGCAUCUCCUCGCUGUCUCCGCGGGUCGGGAAUCUGGCUCAGCUGGGUCCGGCUGGAGCUGAGGGAAACCGGCUGGAGUCUCUGCCUGCGGAGCUCGCCGACUGUCUCUCGCUCAGACUGGCUGCUGUGAUCGUGGAGGACAGUCUGAUGGACCUUCUGCCUCCAGACGUGAAGGACAGGAUGAAGCACAGAUAAUCACAGCACUGGAGCGCUGCCAUUAACACUUCUUUUUUUUGUUUGUCUAAAUAGAGUGUGCUUUGAUUUAUGUGAUGACAUUAGCUAUAUUGCAUUCACCAUUUUAAUGCGCAGAUUGAAGAAGAAACGAGUGAUGGAAGCGCCGAAAUUCUGAUAAAAAUCCAUUAAUUCAUAGAAAAGUUUUUACGCUCGCUUGAGGUGGUUUUUACUUGUGCGAAAAAAGGGUUAAUGUGAAUAAUGGAAGAUGGAAACUCAUUUAAAUAAAUUCCUCCAUGCGCAUGGGAUUUUGUGCUAUGGGACGGCAAAACCUGACUGACCAGCGGACCGAUCUCAUUCACAGCAUCUGAAUGUUUAUGCCGUGAACUUUCACCGGACAGACUUGAUAGACUUGAUCUCCGUCUGAACGCACUGCACUUAAUAUUUUAACAUAUUUUUUUUUAGUAAUAAUGUUUAUCAGUGCAAUUCCUGGUUAGGAAAAGAAACUGAUUCAUGAUUCUGCAAAGAAGUCUUCAAUCAGUGAACCACGGCAAGCAAAGUGCUCCUUAUUUUGCAGUAAACAUUAAAUAUGUUGUUUAUAUAUGCACAAUUAACAUCUUUAAAUCAAUAGUUGUGUUAUAGUUUUUAGUAAUUAGAUUGUCAUUCGCAAUGGUUCAUGGGAUUGUAGUUCUUUCCCUCAUUAAAGUCAUUAAAUACACAGUCUUGUACCUUUUGUGCUUAUUAUUUUCAAAUGAAGGUUUGUAAUGUUGUGAUUCACCUCGUAGCUCGUAGGUUUAGACUUUUUAAAAAUCCCCGUGAGAAAAACUGAUGGGAGCAACGCUUCCAGACCUGAGACUGAACGUGAGCGAACACUAAACACUGAACACUGAACCGAUGCCAGAACAGAUUC